AUGGAGACUGUUAUGGACGUUCAAGGCUUGUGGGAGUCCAUUGAAUCGCCUGCCAAUGUUGUGUUAGACGAGAAGAAAAACAAAACGGCUCGAUCAUUCAUCUUCCAAGCGAUCCCAGAAGACGUCUUGUUGCAAGUGGCAAAGAAGAAGACGGCGAAGGAGAUUUGGAAAUCGUUGAAGACGAGAUAUGUCAGUGCCAAUCGGGUUCAGAAGGCACGUCUACAUACUGUCACUAGUGAAUUUGAAUCGUUGAAGAUGAAAGACGAGGAGUCAAUUGAUGAUUUCACGGGAAAAUUUCACGGGUUAAGGCUUGAAGACGGCAAAUUGGUUAGAAAAUUGUUCGACGCGGUCCCGGAUAGGUAUCUCCAACUCGUUGCGUCGAUGGAACAAUAUUCGGAUGCGGACAGUAUGCCGUUUGAGGAGGCUGUAGGGCAUUUAAAAGCAUAUGAAGAUCGGUUGAAAUUGAGGAAGGGAAACACAUCAAGUGAGAGUGGGUUGCUACUCACUCAAUCCGAGUCACACUUGGGUCAGAAAUCACUGGGCAAAGGGUAUUCGUCUGGUGGAAAGGGACGUGGUUCGAAUGUUGAACAAGGUGGAAGACACAACACAUGGGGCAGGCAGUCGCACCGAGGAAGAGGUGGUUGA